AUGGCCAGUGCAGCGAAGCAGGUUGUUGCAGCGAACGGGGUGGAAGAGGUGGUGGAAGUGAUCCGGGGAAUGGUCGAAACCAUUGAGCUGCCAGAGCAGGUAGACGUGAUCAUCUCGGAGUGGAUGGGGAACUUCCUUCUGAAGGAGUCGAUGUUGGACACGGUCUUGAUCGCCAGGGAUCGCUUCUUGAAGCCAGGAGGCUUGCUGUUCCCUUCUCAUGCUCGGCUAUUCCUAGCCCCCUGCGCUCACAGCUGCUUUGCUGAGCGCUGGCAGAGCUAUGUGGACGAGCUUUGGGCUUGGCGCAGCUUCGUGCAGCACAUGCACGUCAGCUUUGGAUUGAGCUAUGGACCCUUGACCAUGCAGCAGGAGAAAGAGGCGAGCGAGCACCACCUUCAAAGCUGGGACUGGGUGCAUCUGAACAGCUCCCACUUGCGUGGCCCUCCCGUGCAGCUCCUGGCGCUGGACCUGUCGACGUUGCCGCUCUCGAGGCUACAGAGCCUGCAUGAGCAGGCGUUCGACAUUGUCCUGCCCAUCACAAAGGACGGUACUGUCGGCGGCCUCUGUGGCUUCUUCGACAUUUCCUUUCACACUUCGAGUUCGGGGGAGUCCUCCGUCAAUCUGAGCACAGGCCCCUUCAGCAAGGCAACCCAUUGGGGGCAGCAGCUCUUCGGAUUCUUCCCCGAGUCCGUUGAUCUCUUUGGUCCACCAGCACAGCUGGGCCUCGCCGUGCUGAAGGGCGACGAGCUGUCUGGGAGGUGGCGCCUGGGACGAGUGGCGCAGACUCGAGACUUCAGACUCGAGGUCGAGCUGAACCACACUUCAGCCAAGGGCUUGCUGGGCUCCUACCACGAAGCCUGGUACGUCUGA